AUGUGCGCGGUCGCUGCUCCAAAGCACAAGUGGCCACCGGCCCCUCGUGUGGAGGACGAGAUCAUUGCCCUCGCGUACGAAGUGUCAGAUUCUUCUCUGUCAUCACGCAUUGAAGAUGAUGACUCUGUUGUAUCGAGAGGAACAAUCGACCAGUGGCCCAUUAUAUUACCAGUGGAAACUCCGGGGCCUUGCAACCAGUCAGCCCAUCAUGAUGAAUUUAUAAUGAAAGCCCCGGACACUAAACCAAACCCAUCAUCACUCAAACGAAGCCAGUCAGAAAGGAGACCUGCCAACAAGGUCCGAUUUUCAGAGCCACCUGGAAAAGAUGAAUAUUCUAGAGUUAGAAUGGGCCCAGCCCCAUCUAAGGCUAAUAUGAAGUACAUGCCGGAGCCCAAAUCAGCCACUGCCACUGGAAAGGAUGUCAUGUCAAGCCAACAAUCUAACUCUAGCUCAAGAUCUCAUCAUAAAACAGUGAUUCCGGGGCCAGAGGGCCCUCAAUCACAAGGGGCUAAUAACUCACUAGGGUAUGCAGGCCAGCAGAAGGUUACAAGCCACCCGGCAGCAACCUACAACCAAUACUCUGCCGAUGAACUUGAUAACCGAAGCGACUUUCCAGAUUCAUGGAAAUCUGUUCAGCGAUUUGAUAUCUCGCUUGAUAACGGCGAUAGGAGGCCGUACCGCCGCCAGCAUGCGGGAGAAUGGUAUAGUGACGACGAAUUAUUUUCAUCACACCGAAACUCCCACAAAGCACAAUACUGGCCUCCUACUGUCGAUGAACCUCUCAAGAAAGAAGCUCCAGACACUAAAUCGAACCGGAAAUCGAGAAAGGAUGAUACCACUGAACAAACUCCUCGCCGAAGAGGAACAAGUCGUCGACGAAAACCCAUAGCUACAGAGGAACUGUAUAGCUAUAUCCCUGAGACCAGCGAUAGUAGAGGGAAGAGCUCCUCUCGGUCAGAGAGACGCCGCAGCAACAGCUCACUGCCUCGCUUAGAGCGGUCCAAGUUGGAUACAUGCACCCACCGAUAUCCGGAUCCAACAGAUGGACCCAACGCUGACCCAGUGCCGAGUUUACCAGUUACUUCAGCUGGAACGGCAUAUGACGGGGCUUUAGCUCAACAGCCAUGCUUUCCUCCCAUAGCUUUUAGCCCAAGUGGCCAGGAUUACAAUCCUGACGGGUGGGAAUAUAUCACACCCGCUACUUGUUAUGAAUGCAAUGGACAUGAUGCUCCUUGGGCUGCACCUUCUUACCUGCCUGCAGUAGAUAUGCCAAUACAGCCUCAAUACAUUGGAUAUCAGGAAAACGCCAUGGCCCUUGGGCCGGCACCAAACUCAGCCCUUGCUGGACGAGAGGCUGUGAGUCGUGGUGCUGUCAAGCCCCAGAGACAGGUCUCUCCACGACGUCGUGACGAUUCUCCUGCUUCGUUGGCCCCAUGCCCAAGGUCAAUCGCCAUAGCCGAUUACGGUGACUGGUCGACCAUCAUUGGCUUAAAUCAUUUGAACAUAUGCCCAUCUUGUACACGGCAAAUACAAAAGACUCGAUUCGAGAGUCUUGUCAUUCCUGCGCCUCGUCAGCCCCUUGGCCUGCCCAUCCGAUGCUCACUGAGCCAACCUUGGGCGCGGCUAGCCUGGGUUCAGACGAUGAAACUCGGCUUAAAUCAUCUAGAACUGUUAUACCAGCUCACUCGCCCAUCAUCGAUUUACAAGAGCUGCCCGGGCCGUACGCCUUCAACCCAAACAUGGUACCGGGUCAUAGAUCCUGAUACUGGCAGACUGUUGUCUAGCUUCAAUGCUUGCGCAUCAUGCUUUCGCAAUGUCAGAAUUCUAAUGCCAUCUCUGCGUGAUUCAUUCCAGCCUAGCUCAACUUCACAGGAGCGAACUUGUGACCUUCGAUGCGGCAGCACUCGCUUCAUUCAAUAUCUUGACCUCCUCGAUGUCGCAGCUACCCGUCAUCGACACGACCCAGGACAUAAGCCUGACCUAAGAGACUUUAUUCGAUAUGCCAAACGCAAGAAUCGCCUAUAUGACUGUCCGCGUGAUCACCUCGUUGUAGGUCCCUGGCACGGAAUUGAUGAAUUGCCUGAGUUCACCGUAUGUGAAGACUGCUAUGAUGAUGUAGUCUGGCCCUUCGGGAACAGCCCUGUAGCCUCACUGGUGUCUCCAACUGUUCAAAUGUCUUUGGACAAGAAGACUCCCGUUUCCCGCCAGGCAUCUUGCCAACUAUACAGCCCCCGGAUGAGGAUGAUGUUCCGUGAAGCUAUUAGGCGAUCAGACUUUGGCUAUCUAAGGGCAGCAGUUUUGGCUCGAUACCAGGCUGAGACCGCGUUCCGUGAGAAUAAGCAGCUGCUUAUGGAAGAUGUUUCAAUGGGUUAUGACCGUGAUGCUGAACUGAGGAAAAAUGCAGCGGAGUGGAAAAGAUGGGAAUGA